GGCCCUUAGCUUUGGUUUUAAGCUCCUUAUCCAAGCCUGGUAGCCAUGUUAUUCUCCACUCUACAAAAAGUGUCAUGCAUAGCUAUGUUUACUGGUUGAUACUUGUUGAUAAGGAAAAGUCUCAACAGCAACAUUCGCUCGUUGUAGAAAUAGAGUGAGAGAGAACUGAGUUUGUGGCUUUUGGUGGUGUCUUUUAUCGUUUUUAUAGGCAGUUAUUGUGCAAUUUUCUCUUUCAAGAACGAACUUUGGAGUUUCUGUUGAGUUCAGAUUACUGUCAUUCUUGGUCUUGGUUGGCUGCUUUUUUUUUUUUUUUUUCUGGUACUGAUUUUCUCUUGUUGUUGGACAGUUGAGAUGUUUGUGUUUUUGUGGAAGUGAGUGGAAGCAUAUCAAACUAAAGUUUGUAGUUCUUUCCUAUGCUUCUUUACAAUGCUUUCCACUAAAUCGGAAUCUGAUAUCACAAGUUUGGCCCCAUCAUCACCCUCAAGGUCUCCAAAACGCCCUGUAUAUUAUGUACAGAGCCCUUCAAGGGAUUCACACGAUGGGGACAAGUCCUCUUCAAUGCAACCAAGUCCAAUGGAGUCACCUUCACACCCUUCCUUUGGUCGCCAUUCAAGGAACUCAUCGGCUAGUAGGUUUUCGGGAAUAUUCAGGUCCUCUUCAGGGAGGAAAGGUAGCAGGAAAAGAAACGAUAAAGGCUGGAAUGAUAAAGGUUGGCCUGAAUGUAAUGUGAUCAUGGAAGAAGGGGACUAUGAUGAGGAUAAAGCAUUUACUAGGCGGUUUCAGGCCUUGAUUGCUUUGUGUAGUUUUAUAAUCUUGUUUACUGUUUUUUGCUUGAUUAUAUGGGGCGCUAGCCGGCCUUUCAAAGCGGAGAUUACUGUCAAGAGCUUGUUAGUAAGUAACUUUUAUGUUGGGGAAGGUUCGGACUUCUCUGGCGUUCCAACAAAGAUGCUUACGGUGAAUGGCUCGUUGAGAAUGAACAUAUACAACCCUGCUACAAUAUUUGGCAUUCAUGUUAGUUCCACACCAAUCAAUCUCAUAUACUCAGAAAUUCCUGUUGCAACUGGUCAGUUGAAGAAAUACUAUCAACCUAGAAAGAGUCGACGAACAGUAUCAGUGAUUGUGGAAGGGGAUAAGGUUCCACUGUAUGGAGCUGGAUCAAGUUUAACAGUUUCACAAACUGGCAUUGUAGUUCCAUUGACACUGAAAUUCGAAAUCCGGUCUCGAGGGAAUGUAGUGGGGAAGCUAGUGAGGACGAAGCAUCGAAAGCUAAUCUCUUGCCCUGUGGUUCUUGAUUCCACUAGCUCCAAACCCAUCAAAUUCAAGAAGGGUACAUGCACAUAUGAUUGAUCUGCUAUCUGAAGAGUUAAACCUAUGAUUCAUGUCCUUGUGGGCAUUACAGCUCAUCCACAGCAGUUUGAGACUGAGUUGCCGAGCUUCACAGAAGACAUCAGUAGCACUUGAAGAAAAUGCAGCUACUUGAACUUCCUUCUCUCUUUGUUUUAUAUUGUGGUCCUGGUAAUGUGAGAAAUAAGUGUUUUAUCGUUCGUAUUAGUGGCUAUGUGCAUAAUGUAUGUAUGAUUAAUGUUGUUGAGAGGUUUUGUACUCCAUAAGAAAUACUGUGACAAUAGCGUUAUUUGUUUUCUAAAAUUUAAUAUCA